AAGUAAUUAGAAGUUAUUUGGACCAACUGAGGUGAACAGUAUUCAUUCAAUUCCUCCAAAAGCCAGGACAUGCGCUUGAUAAAGAAAAUUCAUGGAAAAAUUCGUAGUGUUAGCCGAAAAAGGGGGAAAAGUUUCCUAAAGAAUACAUCAAUGGAAAUGCUUAAGUACGUUAUUAGCGAUAAUAAUUAUUCUUGGUGGAUAAAGCUUUACUUCGCCAUCAUAUUCGCAUUGGUUCUUUUUGUGGCUGUGAACUUAGCGGUUGGAAUUUACAAUAAGUGGGAAAGCACACCAGUGAUUAUUGGAAUUAGCUCUAAGAUGACUCCCAUUGAUCAAAUUCCGUUUCCGACAAUUACGGUUUGCAAUAUGAACCAGGCUAAAAAGUCGAAAGUAGAGCAUUUAACGCCGGGAUCCGUAAGAUACGCUAUGCUUCAAAAGACCUGCUAUAAGGAAUCAAAUUACUCGCAAUACAUGGAUAAUCAGCACAGAAAUGAAACAUUCCCAAAUUUCAUAUUGGAUGUUUCUGAGAAGUGUGCAGAUCUGAUAGUAUCCUGCGUAUUUCAUCAACAAAGGAUACCCUGCACUGACAUCUUCAGAGAAACUUUCGUCGAUGAAGGAUUGUGCUGCAUUUUUAAUGUCUUGCAUCCGUAUUAUCUUUAUAAGUUCAAAUCGCCCUACAUUCGGGACUUCACUUCGUCCGACAGGUUUGCAGAUAUCGCCGUGGACUGGGAUCCAAUAUCUGGCUACCCACAGAAACUACCCUCAAGUUACUAUCCGCGUCCGGGAGUUGGAGUUGGUACCUCGAUGGGUCUGCAAAUCGUUCUCGACGGUCACGUGGACGACUACUUCUGCUCCUCCACAAACGGCCAGGGAUUUAAAAUACUCCUGUAUAAUCCGAUAGACCAGCCGCGCAUGAAGGAGUCGGGAUUACCUGUGAUGAUUGGGCACCAGACGAGUUUUCGCAUCAUAGCUAGAAACGUUGAGGCUAUACCCUCUAUAAGAAAUAUUCAAAGGACGAAACGCCAGUGUGUUUUCAGUGACGAACAGGAAUUACUCUUCUAUCGCUAUUAUACGCGUCGAAACUGCGAGGCAGAGUGCGACUCCAUGUUUUUCUUGAGACUCUGCAAUUGUAUUCCCUACUACCUACCACUAAUUUAUCCCAACGCCUCAGUGUGCGACGUGUUCCACUUUGAAUGUCUGAAUCGGGCGGAGUCCCAGAUCUUCGACCUACAGAGCUCUCAGUGCAAGGAGCUUUGCCUGACCAGCUGCCACGACCUAAUUUUCUUUCCCGAUGCCUUUUCCACUCCUUUCACCCAAAAGGACGUCAAGGCACAGACCAACUACUUGACGAAUUUCUCAAGAGCAGUGUAAGGACUUCGUAUACCGGACCCACUGAAUAUAUGGGUAUGCUCUUUAUUGAAUCACUUAGAUCUUAAAUACUUUAUACGUUAUGUUAAUAUCGGUACUAGAACAGUAAUUUCAAUUCCUACAAUAUGAUUGUAUAUUCGUUAUCAGGAUUACUAUCCGAGUCUAUCAGGGAUGCUCUCGAGGGGUAUUUCAAGUCGAACUGAUUAUUGAUAACAUAAAAUAAGCUGUUUUUAUCAAUUUAUAAGAUUUAUAAGAACAGUCCAUGUAGUGACGAUGUUCAGCUAGAGUGUAAUGCACAAUAAGAGACUAUUGUACAGAGUCGUAUCGAAAAUUACCGUUUAUAUUUUGAUCAGAAGGUAUUUUUAUGCUCUAAGUUGAAUACUUAGCAAUUAAUUUAUUUGAAACACAUUAAAUAUUACUAUUAAUCGCUACAUAACGUAUGUAACUCGUCAUUUUAAUCUCACCUCGUAGGGAAAUAUUUUGUUUGAUUUGGCCAACGAAAGAGCUUCAAAAUCGAUCAAAAACAAUAAUCUGUUUUUCGAGGCAG